AUGUCCGCUAUUCCAGAAAACGCCAGCGUCACCGUCUUGAACAAGAACGAAAAGAAAGCCAGAGAUUUGAUUGGUAAAUUGGGUUUGAAGCAGAUCCCAGGUAUCAUCAGAGUCACUUUCAGAAAGAAGGAUAACCAAAUUUACGCCAUUGAAAAGCCAGAAGUCUUCAGAUCGGCCGGUGGUAAUUACGUUGUCUUCGGCGAGGCCAAGGUUGACAACUUCACCCAAAAGCUGGCCGCUGCCCAACAACAAGCUCAAGCUAGCGGCAUCAUGCCAUCCAACGAAGACGUUGCUACCAAGUCUCCAGAGGACAUUCAGGCUGAUAUGAAGGCCGCUGCCGAAGGUAGCGUCAACGCCGCCACCGAAGAAGAUGAUGAAGAAGGUGAAGUUGACGCAGGCGACUUGAACAAGGACGACGUCGAAUUGGUUGUUCAACAAACUAAUGUUUCCAAGAACCAAGCCAUCAAGGCUCUGAAAGCUCACAACGGUGACUUAGUCAACGCUAUCAUGUCCUUGUCUAAAUAA